AUGCAGAAGAACAUCCUUUGCUUGGUUUUCUUGGUGGUAUUAACUUCCGCGGAACGAUAUAGCUUCUUCAUGAAUGAGGACGUCUCCUACGUGCAAAACGAGCAGGGUCAACGAUUUAUGCAGCUAGAUACGGGAAACCGUCCCGACCUUAACGCCACCACCGAUACAUGCGUUUUGCUCGGUACACGUAUGCAGUGUAGCGUUAGCACCCGCGUCACGGCCGUCGAUGACACUUUUACUGAUCUCGAUUUGACUGUGAAUUGUGGGUUCGAUGAUCAAAUCGCUUUCGAUUUUCGGCGUGCGCAGUCGUGCACUUGUUCCGCAUCGGCUAUCUCAUCCGAUCCCGACAAGCCACCGAAGCGUUGUCCAUGUGAAGUCUGCCCAGAUGGUUACGGACAAAGUCCAGUGUCAAUUGACUGCGGUGCAGAAGAAGAUCCCUUCGUGAUUGGCUCCUGUACCAACCUGGAUUGUAAUUUUGGCUGCAACGGUACCUGCAACUUUUCCUGCGAGAAUCCUUUGCCGGAAUGCGCCGGCCUUUGUGAAGCUGCAGGUGCACCAACAUUUGCCCCGACGGGAAUGGGUUUAGAUAAUGGUGCUUCUUCUGCAAUAACUUUGUCGCGACGCUACCGAUUGGUCAUGCUUGGAGUAUACAUGUGCUGA